AUGGCGUUCUACUUCCACGGACUGCCCAUAGGAUGGGUAGCCAUCAUGCUGGCGCUCGUGGCCUCAAUGGGUGGUUUCAUCUUUGGCUAUGACACUGGUCAGAUAUCAGAUAUCCUGUUGAUGGAUGAUUUUCUUCUUCGCUUUGCCACCUGCUCCACACCUGGAGAUUUAUCGACUUGUUCAUUUUCCACUGUACGGGAAGGUCUCAUCGUUUCUCUCCUCUCCAUCGGAACACUCGCCGGCGCGCUCCUGGGUGCACCCAUCGCUGACUUUUUAGGACGUCGUCAUGCCUUAUCCGUGGAGUGUGUGGUGUUCACCAUUGGAGUCAUCGUUCAGAUAACUUCCAACCACGUCUGGCAGCAAUUUGCUGUCGGCCGGUUUAUUAGUGGCUUGGGUGUUGGCGCAAUUAGUGCUGCAGUUCCGAUGUAUCAAGCCGAAACAGCUCCAUCUCAGAUCCGUGGCACUUUGACUGCAACUUAUCAGCUGUUCAUUACGUUCGGUAUCCUGGUAGCUUACUGUAUCUCGAUCGGAACACGUGACGUCUCUAACUCUGGUUCAUGGCGCAUUGUUGUUGGCAUUGGCAUCUUGUGGGCACUAAUUCUCGGUAUCGGCAUCCUCUUCAUGCCAGAGAGCCCUAGAUGGCUUGCCGCGCAUGACAGAAUGGAGGAGGCUCAGUUUUCACUCGCGCGUUCUCGCGGUAUUCCAAAGGAUGAGGCAAAGAGCCACUACAUCAUCGUUCGCGAGGUUGAGGAAAUCAGGUCUUUUGUCGAAUACGAAAAGCAGGUUCGUGGCGGGUGGAUCGACUGCUUUAGGCCGCAAAACAAGACUCUCUACCGCACUCUUCUUGGAAUGAGUCUACAGAGCCUUCAGCAGCUCACUGGCGCCAAUUACUUCUUUUACUACGGCGCAACUGUGUUCCAAGCAGUAGGUCUCAGUGACUCGUUUGUGACUCAAAUCAUUCUUGGCACUGUCAACUUUGUCUGUACGUUCGGCGGAAUGUAUGUCCUCGAAAGGUUUGGGCGUCGCAGGCCUCUGAUCAUUGGAGGCAUCUGGCAAUCAGCGUGGCUUUUCGUCUUCGCCGCUGCUGGAACUGCUGUGGAUCCUACGACUCAUCCUGGCAUUGGGAAAUUGAUGAUCGUGUCGGCCUGCAUGUUUAUCUGGGGUUAUGCGAUGACCUGGGCUCCUGGUGUCUGGAUUCUCAUUGGAGAAACGUUCCCUACACGGACCCGUGCCAAGCAAGGCAGUCUAUCGACCGCGGCGAACUGGAUUUGGAAUUUCCUAUUGGCGUUCUUUACGCCAUUCAUCAGUAGUGCCAUAAGCUACCGCUACGGUUUUGUCUUUGCAGCAUGCAACUUGAUGGGAGCCGUUGUCGUGUAUUUCUUCCUUUACGAAUCAUCUAAUCUUUCACUAGAAAGUGUUAACAUGAUGUAUACCGAUCCUGAUUGCAAACCUUGGACUUCUGGCAAAUGGGCUCCACCCGGGUAUUCCUCGCGCCAGGAUCUUAUCGAUAAAACCAGAGCCGCGGAGGCGCAUCAAUCCCUUGCGUCCAGCGCACUCGAGGGAGGCAGGAUCGAGAAACCCUCCGAGUCCUCUGGGGACGGAUCAUAG